AGGUUCUAAAAUGGAACGUCGGCGGCGGCGGCGUGAGUGAGCGCGAGGGGGUGUGUGGCCGUGACCGUGGCCGUGGCUGUGGCUCUGCGUGGUGUGGGUGCGUGUCUGUGUGCGUGUGUGCGCACCCGCCCGGGACCCCGCGCACCCUCGAGUGGCAGCAGCGCCAGCAGCAGCAGCGGCGGCGGCGGCCGCCUCCUCUCGAACCCCAGGGUUCUCUGCCCGACCGCCCCCGCCACCCUCCCGCAUGGAGCUGUCUGCAAUUGGGGAGCAGGUGUUCGCCGUGGAGAGUAUCCGGAAGAAGCGCGUGCGCAAGGGUAAAGUGGAAUACUUGGUCAAGUGGAAAGGAUGGCCCCCAAAGUACAGCACGUGGGAGCCAGAGGAGCACAUCCUGGACCCCCGCCUUGUCAUGGCGUAUGAGGAGAAGGAGGAGAAAGAUCGAGCAUCCGGGUGUAGGAAAAGAGGCCCGAAGGCCAAACGGCUGCUGCUGCAGAGGCUGUACAGCAUGGAUUUGCGCAGCGCCCACCAGGUGAAGGGGAAGGAGAAACUCUGCUUCUCCCUGGCCCGCCAGUUUGGCGGCAGUGGGGCCGGCGGCGGUGGUGGCGGCAGCGGCGCCCCCAACAGGGUGGGUAGGGCGGGCCCAGCACAGCUGGAGGAGAGGAGCAGCAGCAGCGGCGUACCCACCCUGCCCUUCCCGCUCAGGAAGCAGAACAAGUCCCAGAAGUACCUGCGGCUGUCCCGAAAGAAGUUCCCACCCCGCCUGGAGGGCCGUGGCCAGCUUAGAGAGGCCUUCCUGGACCAGCCCGCUGCCCAAGAGGCCACGCAGGACACCGGUGACUGGGAUGAGGCCACGGCCACCACCACCCCUGCUGAGCAGCACCCUGGCAAAGAGGGUGGUGACCUGACUGCAGGGGGCCCUCCCUGGAUCCCCACGCACCCCCCUUCCGAAGUGACGGUGACCGAUAUCACAGCCAACUCCAUCACCGUCACGUUUAGGGAAGCACAGGCCGCCGAAGGCUUCUUCCGGAACCGGAGCGGGCAGUUCUGAACCUCUGCACUCUGACCCCUCUUUAAAUGGUUGUCUGGGGGCUCGGGGCUCGGGGCUCGGGCCAGAAGAGGUGUGGGAGGAGGGCAAAGCAGUUAUUUUAUUUUAAAAGACAAACUCCUAAAAAAUCCGAGAGAAAAAGAGAGAGCUGAGCAGAGACACCCUCCCUCUCUGCCCUCCACUUCCCACUCAAUCCUGGGACGAUGACGUUUACAGAAGUCUGCUGGGGUGGGGGUGGGGAGGAACAGGGUGAUCUCAGAUGGUCACUGGCGUUGACUUUGCCUGAGCUGAAUGGCCCAGGCAAGGAGGAGGGAGGAGGGAGAAGGCAGAGGACCAGGUGAUAUCAAAGCGCCUUCCCCAUCCUGGGGCUCCAGGACUGACGGGUUGGCCAGAGUUGACUGCAGCUUAUCCGUGCUUAUCCCAGAGGCCCUUGGACCAAUUUCUAGGGCCUGUGCAGGGGUGGGCAGUAAGGGGAUCAGCUGCCUGGGGGGAAGAAGUGGGAGCUUCCCAUUCAUCAGCGCAGAUGAGACUCUCCCCCAAAACAGAAACCUUCCUCCUUCCCUGCCCAGGUGCACACAGCUCAGUGUGAAUGGGGCAUUUAUCUACAUCCACUCUGGAAGGUGGCGAUUCUUACAGUGUCUAUGUUGUAAGGAAGGGGCUUUUGGGUAAAAACAUCCAGUUCUGUGAUCCACAUCCAUGGGGGGAGCCCCUAGUAUGGAAACUCCCUCCUCUGGAUCCGAUUGGCACCUCCUCUGAAACUGAGAAACAUGUAGUAUUGGAAAGCCGCCAGAGGCGCUGACUGGUGGGCUGUCCUGCCCCACUAGCGUGUGUCCAAGGCCGGACCUGCACCUAUGUCUUCCUUUCUCCAAGGCCAGAUCUCCAGCCAUCCUGCCUUUUGUGGUUACAUUCUCUCCCCUCCCAACACAGACACACACAGACAUACCCAGAUAGACACACAUACACACACAACACAGACACACACACACAACACAGACACACACACACAUACAGACACAUAGACACCCAGACACACACACACACACAACACAGACACACACACACAUACAGACACAUAGACACCCAGACACACACACACACACACACAUACACACCCUGAUUCUUCACCAUCACAGCCUCUAUCAUUCUUCAAGCACCUGAAGGUUUCCAAAGCACUUUUCCUCAUGGUAGGUAGGGAGUAUAUUAUAUUUCUCCCCAUUUCACAGAUGGGGACAGAGGAAAUAAAAGGAAAUAAAGUACUAGAAGUGUCAGAGCCAGGAC